GGGAGGUUUCCUGACACAUGGUAAAACUUUAGGGUAUAGCUAGUGCAACAUUACUGCUCAGGUGAAGUGUAACCCUCCUCGCGUCAAACUUUUUCAGGCUGCAGUCAUAGUGUAGCACAAAAACAUGUAACGUUUUACUGUUAUACUGUGUGUGGUGCAUGUAACUAAGCUGUCAUUAGGCGCCCUUGAUUGGUGGCGAUUACGGCACGGAUUUUAUAUUCUUCAUGUGCAGAUGCUGUAGUGGAAACAAUGUGAUACAUCUGCUAAUUAAUUUGUACACACAGGCCUAAGUGCUGUGUUUACCUUGUGUUACGCGCGUGUGUGUGUGUGUGUGUGUACAGGAUGAACACUUUCACAGGCCAGAAUGAAGAUAAAGUCUAAAUUAACAGCUUGCGAUCAUGGAGUCUGUCAACUGUGUGGGAAUAUAUGUUUGGUUCUUUAACUAUGACUGGGAUGUUUCAUGCUUACUGUCAGUGAUGGAACUGUUUUAAGCACUGUCAAGACGAGAUAAAGUUACGACAGAUUAUUUGGGAUUAGGGACGAGGAAUAAUUCCCAGUGAUUAUUUGAUGUGAUAUCAGGACAAGGGAUAUUUUCAGCGAUUAUUUGUUUAUCUAAUUAUUUAUGAGGAAAUACACCGAAGUACUUUCGGUAAUGAGGGAAAACUAUCCGAUUAUUUGACCAACUAUCAGAUGAUGAGAAAUUAUUUCCAGGGAUUAUCUGAUGAACUGUCCCGGAUGAGAGAUAAUUUGAUAAACUGUCAGUGAACGGUGUCCCAGAUGAGAGAUAAUUUGAUACACUGUCAUGCCAGUGAAUAGGAUUGAUUACGAAGCAACUGUUUAAUAAACUGUCUGUGACAAGGAAUAGUUUACGAGGGAUUAUUUGAUGUACUUUGACAAGGAGUAAGCAACAAUAUAAUGUACUGUCAGUGACUAGGAUUUAUAGAAUUAAUUAAUUGAUUAGAUAUCUGUGACGACAGAUAAAUUUCCAUGGAUUAUUUGAUAAACUGUCAGUGACAAAAAAUUAUUAGACAUACUGUCAGUGACCGAGACAAAUCCUUCCGUAAGUGACAAGCAAAAUAAUUACUGUCUAGAUCGACUGUCAGUGAUUAGGAACACCAGCGUAGGAACAGUGUUUUGGUGAAGUACAUGUUUACGGAGGUUUGUUUAUGUUGAUCACUAGAUCUAUGCAGACGUACAUGUACACAUGCUGUAAAUGAUAAUAGGUGGAUCAGAUUAACACAGGUAUCACUGACCUAUCAUGGCAGCAGGUGCUCUAUCUCCUCAUACUAAUUAAAGUCUUACUCAUAUAUACAUAUCAUACAAUUCCAGAGCUUUAUAAUUACAUUCUCCAUCAGUGCCUAUAUUCAGUACCUGUCUUAGAGUUAACCGUCAUUGCUCCGGAGUACUGUACAAAUACUAGUACUGAUAACGCCAUACAUAAUAUAACAUAUAUAUGUACUAAUCCUGGUGUAGGGGUCAAUGAUAGGUCAAUACUGUUACAGUGAUAAUGUGACUGUGAAAAGUACCAUUGUCUACUAUUGCCUUUAUUAGACUGGCUCACUGACAGGUGCCCUACUGGCAUUGAUUACUUUGGGGGGAAAAAUACCAUGUGAAAAUCGGUAUUGUGUAUGUGCUGUGGCUACUGCAAGACUGUGUGGCACUGUGAGUAAACAGGUAGCAUGUCUAUUGUACUGGAGACUGAUAACAACCUUCGAGGGCAGGUGCUCCUGCCAAUUAUCAUGGCUCGCUACAAUUGAUUGAAAUGCCACGUGGAUUUCUGUACAAUUUCGCUAUUAUGGUGUGCAGUAUGAUGUCUUGAGGGCGUUAAUUACCUACAGUCUUAUUGACGAUUAGCCAUUAGUGUACACAGAUAGUAUUUGACUGGUAGUACUGCAGCUGAUGCUGAAGUAGAUACAGGGAUGAACACUCGAGGCCCCUGUGUACAUAUAUACAUGUAUGUGGAUGCUGUGAUCUUGAUAUGGCUGUACCUAUAGACUAACAUACACCUAGAAUCCUGUUCAACACAUCUGGUGUGGAUUUUAACUACCAACCACUGGUGGAGUGGCCUGUCACCAACCCUGGCCAUACAGGGGGAGGAACAGCAUUUUUAGAUCCCUCACUCAACAUCUGGUGUAGCUGCAUAUCAACUACAGCCGUGUGUGUCACCGCUAAAGAGUAGUGUUCAGGUUACUAGCCUCCAGCAAACAUGUUCAAUCUCUUCAUGUCUACGAUGUUCCUGAACACACUGACACCCAAAUUUUACGUGGCUCUCACAGGAACUUCCUCAUUGAUAUCUGGACUGAUAUUGAUAUUUGAGUGGUGGUACUUUAAGAAGUAUGGGACGUCCUUUAUAGAGCAGGUGUCGUUAAAUCAUAUAUCUCCACUGCUGGGCGGUGGCACGGAGGGAGCCAAUAACGACAACAACAACACAAACAACAUCAAUAACACCGGGAACAACACCACACACCAACAGACAGUACCUGGUAAGUACAAGACCACACACCAACAGACAGUACCUGGUAAUUACAACAACACACACCAACAGACAGUACCUGAGUGUAAGGUGUGGAGGAAUCCCUUAAAUCUGUUCCGUGGUUCAGAGUAUCAGCGGUACACGUGGGCAAAGGGUAAGGACCCGCUCACGUACUAUGACAUGAACCUGUCGGCGCAGGAUCAUCAAACCUUUUUUACCUGUGAGGCGGAUGCUGGCAAACCCGAAUACGAAGUGAUGCAGAGAGCGUGGCGGGAGAGGAAUCCACAGUCCAGAAUAAAGGCUGCUAAAGACGCAGCCGAGAAAAAUCCCGAGUGUCCAACAGCAAUUAUACUCCUGGCUGAGGAGGACACCAGCACUAUAGCCGAUGCAGAGAAAAUGUUCAAACAGGCGUACAAAGCUGCAGAAGUGAACUAUAGAAAAUCUCAACAAACGCAGCAUCAGAGCUCACAACACGAAUCCACACAUCGGCGGGAUACAAAUGUGAUAGUGUAUAUAAAGCGCAGAUUAGCAAUGUGUGCCAGAAAACUGGGACGUACAAGAGAGGCAGUCAAGAUGAUGAGAGAGCUUAUGAAAGAAUUUCCUAUGUUGAACUUAUUCAACAUCCACGAGAAUCUUAUAGAUGCAUUAUUAGAACUACAGGCCUAUGCAGAUGUCCAGGCUGUGUUAGCAAAAUAUGAUGAUAUCAGUUUACCUAAAUCCGCCACUAUAUGUUACACAGCAGCACUACUAAAAGCAAGGGCAGUAGCUGACAAGUUCACUGAUGCUUCUGUCAUCCACAGAUUCUCGCCAGAUAUAGCGUCCAAACGAGGCCUAAGUACGGCCGAAAUGACAGCCGUCGAGGCCAUACACAGAGCUGUAGAGUUCAACCCCCAUGUACCUAAGUAUUUACUAGAGAUGAAGAGCCUCAUUUUACCUCCAGAACACAUCCUCAAGCGGGGAGACAGCGAGGCAAUAGCCUAUGCCUUUUUCCACCUUCAACAUUGGAAACGAGUCGAGGGUGCAAUAAACCUGUUACACUGUACAUGGGAGGGCACUUUUAGGAUGAUUCCCUAUCCCUUGGAGAAGGGCCAUCUGUUUUAUCCCUACCCCACAUGUACAGAAAGUGCAGACAGAGAACUCCUUCCUCCUUAUCAUGAAGUUUCUGUCUAUCCAAAGAAGGAGCUGCCGUUUUUCAUCCUCUUUACAGCUGGUCUCUGUUCCUUUACUGCUCUGCUAGCUCUUCUUACACAUCAGUACCCAGAACCAAUGGGUGUCAUCGCAAAAACAGUGCUGAACUGGCUUUAUAUGCCCAUUAGUUACAUCCUAGAGAAGCUGGAGGCGAUCUUACCUUCCAACUUACUACAUCAGCUGUCUCGUAUCUGACUAGGCCUGGUGGCAAGGUCACACUGACCUCUUGGCAAGGUCACACUGACCAGUGAAGUGAUUUGAUAAAAGUGUAUCUGAAGCUGACCAUGGUUACUGAACAUUGACAAAUGAAAAUAAUGCAAUGUAAAACAAUUACUUCCCAAAGGAACUUUCCUUUCCAUGGUCAGAAGUUAAUAGGGUUGACUGAGGAAAAUCUCAUUAUUAAUGCGCCAAAUACAAUAAAUGUCUGUCAACUGUGCAAUUAUCAGAAACCAAGGCAUAGACUGAAAACAGUAUUGGAAACAAAAUCAUCUCUCAUCGAACAUUGGGUCCACUCAUUCAUUUACAAAUAACAACAGGUUUUACUUGAGCCAAUGUGUUGUAAACAACUGGUUUUACUUGAGCCAAUGUGGUGUAAACAACAGUGUCCAUCUGAAGCCAUUUGGUUCUACUCAAGUCGACAACAACACACUACAACAGCAUCCACCAACCAACUACUGCGCCGUUUUCGUUUAAACGGUCAAACCGGUCUGACCACUGUUGUUCGUUUAUUAGAUAAGGUCGGACCUAGUAAUCUG